UAUCCUGUCUCAUCCGACAGUGAUAGUGCAAUUUCUACUUCCUGGCCCUUGACGUUGGAUGAAAGCUGAUAUCUACCUCAUCAUGUAACUCGUCCGAGAGCACGUAGCUCACUGCAAUAUCAUCUACUCAUCUCUUCUCCCGUCUCAAAUUCGCUCCUAAUGAAGCCGUCAGUCUUACUUCGAGCGCUCCGGCUCAUUUUGCCGUCUUUCUACGCUCGACCUCUCACCUACGUACAUGGGCUACGCUGGGCUCAGCCACAAUGUAUAAGAGCUCUCAACUCCUCUUUACUGCGCGUUGUUGCCAACAAAAUGGACGUUCCAGGAAGACAACAGUGCGUAACUAUCUGUUCUGUUAGGGGAGUCGUAGAGGCGGGCGCAUCACCAGGUAAAAGUAAAAGUGACUCCUUCUGCUGCAUAGGUGCGUGUACUGUGCGUUUAUUACCGAUCAAAUACAUGAACCUCAGGCUGGGCCAUUCACUGUCACAACGGCUUGCUGAGCUCGCUUUGCCCCCACUACUGUCGCAACGGUUGUUCAGAAUAAAGAAAUAUUAUCUUCACGAUUGAGAAGUUCUAGUCAAAGGAUCAAAAGCACAAG